AUGUCGAAACGAACGGCAGAUGACCGGGACGACCUGGACGCCCUGAAGGCGGGCCAGCGACCAGACGCAGGAGCCAAUGGCGAGGCCACACUUGAUUUUGAAGAUGAGUUUGAAGACGAGUUCGAGUCGGAGGACGAGAUCAUGGAGGCUGGCGUCGACGGUCGUCCAGAUGCAGAAAGAGAAGCAGAACAGUCACAAGACGCUAUGGACGUGGACACAAACGAUCAGACAUUCAUACCAGGACGGUCGAUACUACAACCUGGAAUGACCUUGAGCCCCGACCCUUCUACCUACGAGAUGCUUCAUACUAUGUCCACGGCGUGGCCUUGUCUGUCAUUUGACAUUGUACGAGACAAUCUGGGCGAUCAAAGAAAACAGUAUCCUCGAACACUGUACGCGGUUGCAGGAACCCAAGCCGAGUCAUCAAGAGCAAAGGAAAAUGAGUUGUACAUCUUGCGGUUGAGCAGCCUGUCGAAGAUGGAUCGAGGCCACACAUCAGAUUCCGACAGCGACGAUGACGACUCUGACGACGAGGGCUCUUCUGACCCCGUUCUUGAGUCACGAUCGAUACCCUUACCCAGUACGACGAACAGAAUACGGUCCUUUCAACCUGCAGAGGCCUCCACUGAUGUGACGCAAAUACCACAGACGUUAACGGCAACGACCCUUGAAAAUGGUCAAGUUCUCAUCCACGACGUCUCGCCCUACCUACAAUCACUGUCAAACCCCGGCUCUACGAUUCCGACCGCCGCCUCCAAGCCACUCAGCACUCUGCGGAUGCACAAGACCGAGGGCUAUGCGCUUGACUGGGCACCUAGGUCUCUACACCCCAAUGGUCGGCUGCUGACGGGUGACAAUGCUGGCCAAAUCUUUAGCACACAACGGACGGACGGUGGUGGCUGGGUGACAGAUACGAGACCGUUUGUCGGGCACACAGAUGCAGUGGAAGAACUGCAGUGGUCGCCCAACGAGAAAUUCGUCUUUGCUUCUGCGAGCUCAGACGGCACGGUGAAGGUGUGGGAUGUCCGAAGCAAGAGUCGAAAGCCGGCUGUGGACGUCAAGAUCAGCAAUACCGAUGUCAAUGUAAUGUCAUGGUCUCACCAGACCUUCCAUCUGCUCGCCACAGGUGCAGAUGAUGGUCAAUGGGCAGUCUGGGAUCUGAGACAAUGGAAGCCCCAGUCCGCUGGAAAUUCACAAGUCAAGCCAAGCCCUGUUGCUGACUUCAACUUUCACAAACAGCCAAUCACCUCUAUUGAAUGGCAUCCUACGGAUGACAGCGUGGUUGCCGUUGCUUGUGCGGACAACACGGCGACUCUUUGGGAUUUGGCUGUCGAAUUGGACGAUGAGGAAUACGGUAAAGAAGCAGGUCUAGGAUUAGGGGAAGGUGCCGAGAAGGUGCCUCCGCAACUGCUCUUCAUUCAUCACGUCGAGGAUGGGAAAGAGCUUCACUGGCAUCCGCAAAUGCCCGGCACAGUCAUGGUCACGGGUGGAAGUGGCCUUGGGGUAUUCAAGACAAUCAGUGUUUGA